AUGGGAACGAAGUUAACAAAGGAACAAGCCGUGCCGUUACCGGUGCCAGGAAAGCUUGAAAGCCUAACUUUACAACACCAUCUGAUCAAUUGCGUAAGUAACAGCUUUUACAUCCGAAACUUGGUGUCCAAGCAACGGAGGCGAAUGCUUGUUGCUGGCUAUGAUCUUGACAUGUCUUACAUUUCGGACCGCAUUUUGGCAAUGUCGUUCCCCUCGGAGCGAAUACGUGCAAUGUUUCGAAAUCCUCUUUGGCAGGUCAAGUCUGUGCUUGAUAUGAGGCAUCCAGAACAUUACAAGAUCUAUAACCUCUGCAUUGAAGAGCAAUAUGAUCCAUCUCAUUUCUAUGGCCGUGUGGAGAGGUUUCCUUUUGAUGAUAACCAUGUUCCACCUCUUGCAAUGGUCAAGCUUUUCUGCGAAAGUGUGCAAUCAUGGCUCAACAGUGACCCAGAAAAUAUUGCUGUUAUACACUGCAUGGCAGGAAAAGGUCGAACAGGCUUAAUGGUAUGUGCGUAUCUAGUCUACUGUGGGAUGUCAGCAGAGGAAGGCCUUCAACUCUAUGCUCAUAGACGGACCACCAAUAAUGAAGGAGUCUCGAUACCAAGCCAACGUCGUUACGUAGGGUACUGGGAAAGUUGUCUCUCUUUCCCUUCAGAAGCCGAUGAAGGACCUCCUGAAGUCAAGUUACCUCAGCCGUGUAGCAGAGAACUGCGAAGAAUCCGAUUUUAUGACACACUUAACAUUGAUAAGAUCUUCUUUGUGGUUUCUGAGUUGCGAGAGAUUCCGGGCCAGAGAUAUCGUCCAUCUUCAGAAGUUUCUAGGAGUUCUUGCAAAAAAAUCAAGAAAGGGUAUCAGAGAACAAGCAGUCCUCGCUAUUAUCUCUCUUUCACCGAAGGUGAUGGAGAAGACAAGAAACCAGAUCCAGAUGAACCUCGUGUUGUUGUUCAAAUGGAUACAGAAAGUUCCAUACUAUACCAGAAGGCAUGUCUUGAAUAUUACUUUGAUAAUCCUGUGCAGGUAACCGGAGAUGUGCGUGUCAUAUUCUAUCAAAAAAUGAAUGGAGGGCGUCUCUUCUACGCUUGCUUCAACACUGCUUUCAUUAAGAACAGUUUGCUACAGCUCACAGUUCGGGAUUUGGAUAAAAUUGGGAAGAAAGGAAGAUCAAUAUGUGGCCCUAAAUUCUGCUUGGAGUUGCUAUUUGGUCCUGCAAAUGCGAAACACUCACCCUCAACUCCACGUCACAGUCGUGAUGUGCUGUGA